CUGCCUUGACUCCUCCUCCUCUUCCUUCUUCAUGUUCAAACAGAGCUGAGCCGGUUCGUUGGAAAAGACUGAAAAUAACUGAGCCUUUUCUCCACCCGACACUCAUCUAAGACUCUUUACACCACUUCGAUAAGAAGUUCCAACCUUUGAGUACAAUUUAAUACCCAACUUAUUGCUUCAGAGAUGUCUAGAGUGGUACGAAAGUCACUUUUCCGCCAUGUUUUCGGCAAAGACCCGCGAAAGGAGGAAACAUUUGAAGACAUCAAAGUCUCAAAAAACUCCUGGGAAGCUCCUUUUUGUGCUGUCAACCCUAAGUUUGUAGCAGUGUGCCUUGCAUCUGCUGGCGGUGGAGCUUUUCUAGUGCUUCCUUUGAGCAAGACUGGUCGUGUUGAACUUAACAGUCCCCGUGUUGCUGGUCACCAAGGAGAUGUCUUGGAUUUAGCAUGGAAUCCUUUCAAUGACAACAUGAUUGCCUCCAGUUCUGAAGAUAUGAAGGUUAUGCUUUGGGAAAUUCCUGACACUGGUCUAGCCCAUGACCUAACGACCCCACUUGUUACCCUCUCCCACCACCAGCGUAGAGUUGGCAUAGUCAGGUGGCACCCAACUGCAGAGAACAUCUUGUUAAGCGCCAGCCAYGACAAUUUGAUUUGUGUCUGGAAUCUGGAAUCUGGUGAAAUUGUGACAGAGAUUGAUUGCCAUCCAGACACUAUUUUUUGUGUAGCAUGGAAUCAUGACGGCAGUAAAAUUGCCACUACUUGUAAAGACAAAAAGCUAAGAAUACUUGAUCCACGAUCUGGGGAUGUCGUUAAGAAGUGUGAGGGCCAUGAGGGAAGCAAGCCACAACAAAUUGCUUUCUGUAGCAAGACUGACAACCUGUUCACAACAGGAUUCUCUCGCAUGAGUGAACGACAAUAUGCCAUUUGGGAUAAAAAUUUAGAACAGCUGACGUUGGAGGAUAUUGAUUCUUCAAAUGGGGUACAGUUCAUACGAUAUGAUCCCGACACAAAUAUGAUUUGGCUCAUUGGAAAGGGUGACUGUCUAAUCAGAUACUAUGAACUUGUGGAUGAAGAACCCUACUGCCACUGGAUUACCAACUACCAGGGCAAAGACCCUCAAAGGGGCUUUGGAUUCAUGCCAAAGCGAGGCUGCAACAUUAGCAUCAAUGAAAUAUGCCGCAUCUACAGAAUGACUGGAAAGGGGCAUAUUUUACCUGUCUCAUUUACUGUUCCAAGAAAGUCUGAGAUGUUCCAAGAAGAUCUAUUCCCACCAACUCAGGGUGGCGAUGCCUCUCUCACAGCUGAUGAAUGGUUAGGAGGGAAGAAUGCCGAACCCAAACUCAUGUCCCUUGAGGCUUUGUUUAAGGGGAAAGGUCAGGCUGCUACUACUGCAAAGAAGUCCACUGGGCUGUCAUCGCUGAAGGGGAAACUGGCUGCAAAGAAGACAAAAGGAGGUGCUGCUGGCCAAGAAGAGGACAUGGAUGUGAAUAAGCUUCUUGAUACUUUGAAAAAGCUGAACAACAAGGUGGAAAAACUAGAGAAAAGCAAUGCUGAACUUGAAAAUAGAGUAACUGACCUUGAAACAGUUGUUGCUGGUGAAGAUAAUGGAGAGGGCCACGAUGAAGAGGAUGAUGAUAAGUAACUGAUAAGCUAAAUAAUUAUAUGCUUUCUACCAUUUUGUAUUUGUUUGACGAGAGGCUUGUUAAAAUAGACAAAACUGCUUCUUCUGGGUGACACUUUUAGUUACAUCCAAAGCAGUUUUGUGUUUGUAACAGAUAGCUGUACUAGCUCUUACCAUAGUACUUAAACAAGAAAGAAAGAAAACCAAAAAUAGAAAUGUCAGUGUUCGGCAUUGCUGAACUGAUAUUUGCGUAGGGGACUUUAAUGUUAUUUUAUGGUUUCUGCUUCUUCACUAGUGUUUUUUACUGGAAUUUAUACAUCAUGAUUAUACAUCUGCAUAGUAGGAAAAAA